CAAGAGGUGAUGCCGCGACGGAUUCUGUGUGUCCUCUGAAUCAGCAUGAGGAUCCUCCUGGAAGAUGAAGAUGGAUCCAUUGCUUCGCCGUGUGCUUCCGUGGUUGAUUCAAACAUGGAGGAGAGGGAAAGGGACACAGGGGAUGUAAACCCAAGCUCUACGAGUUCCGACUGCAAAGCCACAGCUCCGACAUCCAGCUCCAGCGCACCAUCUGUGCCGGAGCAUGGAGCGGACUCAACCCGCGCAGCGAGCGGCGACCUCGGCGAUAAACUGGACGUCUGCUCGGACAACUUCGACCCACUGCUGGCCUUGUACUCACCGACCGUGCCUCUUCCCUUCCCCAACAUCAAGUGCUUCAACAAUGUGUCUGAGUACGAGAGCUUCCUGAGGGGCGGCCGAGGUAGAGCCAAGCCAGAAAACGUGGAGAAAAGGCAGCGGAAAGCCAUGAAAGGAGUGGCCGACCCGGAACGCAUCGAAAGGCUGAAGAAGCUCAUGGUGCGGAACCCGGUGCCAGAGGCGGAGGGGGAGAGCAGCAGCAGCACACCGCGGCGCAGGAAGCAGAAGCCCCCCAAAAACGUCCUGACGAGGAUGCCCCUGUGCAAAGGGGGUCCUUUGGGUGAGCUGCACCGCUGCGUCGAGGAGAGGAUCAGGGUCAAAGUUCACAUCAGGACCUUUAAGGGAUUACGGGGAGUGUGCUCCGGCUUCAUCGUGGCCUUCGACAAGUUCUGGAACAUGGCAAUGGUGGACGUAGAUGAGACCUACAGAGAGCUUCUCCUCGGGGAGGCCCUCUACCAUGAGAAGGCCCUCACUGUGUCACGGCUCUUUGAGAAGCUGAAAAUCCAGGAGAGCCCAGAAGGCGAUGAGCAAGCAAAAAAACACAAAGCGAAGGGAAAAGCCAGUUGUCCUCAGUCUGCUGAUCCUUCCCCAGUGAGCAAGGAAGGAAGCAGCAAGAGAGGGGAUAACAGGACAGAGUCCAGGCUGUCAGGAGACUCCGUCAGAGGGGAGCAGGAGAAACAGGGAGCGUCGUUGAAAGCCCGGGGGCCAGAGACUGGUGGGAGGAAACACUCCCAGGCCUAUGGCAAGGUCCAUACCCGUCACGUCAACCAGCUGUUCAUACGGGGUGAGAAUGUAAUCCUGAUUAACCCACAGCCACUCUGAGUUCUCUUCUUAUUUGAUGUUUACCCAGGAUACUCUUUGGAGAUAAAAGCGCCUAUGUUUACAGCAGUCACAAUCAGUUUACAUGAACACUAUGCAGCAGUUGUAAUAAUGGGUGUAAGACUGUAUCACUAGGAUCUGAGUAGAUUCAGAAGAAUCUUAUACUGAUAUUACUUAUAUCAUAUUGAUAUGGAGGCUUUUCUCUGCCCACAAGAGAAAUUAAAUUGAACUUCAGUAAUAAAAGCUUCU